GCUCACUGAACUGAUCCAGAGUACAUCAUCAGGAAGCCUGAAGCUGGAUGUGCUGCUCACACACAGGAAAGGUAAGAUAGUUUCCCUAUAGUGUUGUUUUUUUUUAACAAAAAAUAUAAUUUGAAUCAAAUACAAAUCUAAGAGGGAACAGAUUUCUGUUUUAAUCAAAUUAAGCCAAUAAAUAUAGUGAUUUAAAAUGAAUAGCCAGGGAUUGUAGGAUGUUCAUUUGCUUAUUCAUUUUCAAUGAGAUCUAAAUCUUACUCUGCAAACUUUUUAAUUAUCAGCUGAACAGAUUGUGUGUGUGUGUUUGCCUGUGCACUAGUGUUUGUGUGUGUGUGUUCAUUUGGCUGUGUGAGCAGAUUUGUUUAUUGUUUGUCUGGCAUCUCCUUUAUGUUUCUGAUGCACCACAGUAAUUGCAGAGGAAAGUCUCGGUUGGAUGAGUCUGUGAGGACUUGAGAGGGGGCGUAUGAGGGGAGAAAAGAGGGGACGGAGAGUGAGGGGGCCGUGUGUGUGUGUGUGUGUGUGUUAGAGAGAGAGAGAGAGAGAGAGAGAGAGAGAGAGAGAGAGAGAGAGAGAGAGUCCUAUUUUUCUCUCCUGAGUCCAGUUCGGACCAGUUAGUAAUUUCCAGUGAACAGCAGAAUCUCUGUGAUGGAUGCUGUUUGGUUGUUGGGGGCUGUAAUGUGAUGUAAGAUCUUUGUUCAGAGCACAAGAGUGAUGUAAUGAUCUUUGCGACACCCAGACAGUUAAUAAUUCUCUGACUUUUUCUUCUUUUAGUCAUAUUAACACUCGUCUGUGAGGUUGACAUUGAGGUUUAGAAGCAGCAGAAGCACGUGUAUAAUCCAGAGUUAUCGCUUCCUCAUUUUUGUCACAUUUAAUCUUUACUUGAGUUCAAAGUUAAGUGCUUUUAUCUUGUGAUGAUAAAAAAUCAAACCUGUCCGUCCUCCUGUUACAUCACUGAUAGUCUAACUUGUAAAAACCUCCCCCUUUCCUCUGUCAUCCCCUGUCUCCACAGAGAAGUGAUCAGUGAUCGUUCAUCCUCUUCAUCAGUCAGGGAGCUUCUCUCUCCUCUCCUUCACUUCUCCUGUUAUACUUUCUUCACAACCAUCAUGGCUCCGACCCUGGCCUCAGCAUUUGCCAGGCGCUGGUGGAUGGCGGUGACAGCCAUCAUUGAGAAUCUGCUCUUCUCUGCCGUGCUGCUCGGAUGGGGAUCUCUCCUCAUUAUGCUGAAGUCAGAGGGUUUCUACUCAUACCUCUGCAGUGAAGAAGGUGAGUUACAGCUGAUUCAUUUCAUACCCUAAAAAUAAGGAUUAUUUUAUUCUGGUCAUAAUAUUUAAUUGUCAUCAAUUCUCUGCAUACUCAAAGUUCACGGGUACGUAAUGUGAACCUAAUGGUUUAAUAAACUUCUGAAAUUGAGAUGUUGAAUGCAGUUUAACAGGAAUUAUGUAACACACUAGGCCUCGUCUUUCUAUUCUCUAGGAAGACUAAGUGUUUUCUCAAAGGGGUUUAUUACCUGUUCUUUAUGGUCUGGGGAGAUAAAACGGGAGCACUUACAGUCAGCAGAGUCACAGGUUGACAAAGUGGUCCAAAGUUUAAGAGUGAAAAAGCCCCUGUGGCUCCGACUGAUGUGUAGACAUGGAAACAGACUGAUCAAACUGCGAUCACCUUGGUCCUAUAUAAAGUUAAGCAACCAAUUAUGUUCAUUAUUAUGAAGUUCGUAUAAAUACACACAGUAAGCCAAGUGUGUCCUUGCAGAGACUAAGCAAGAAGGAAUGUGAAAAGACACCAUCCAAACAUAUUCUUUGGACCUCAGAUGACUCAGUGUCUUUGCAAUCAUCUUUUCUGCAGAGACCUUUCUUAUCCAUUCGACACAAGACUGUUGGUUUCAUUCAGCUUUUCUCUCCCACCCGAAUAACCGCUACUAUCUUCUAGCAAGUGUACACAAUUGAUUUUACAGGACUUGUAACCUGGAGGGUGUUUUUUCAACAUUUAGCACAUAGGAAUACUAAUCUUCAACUGCUAAUUGUUCCCAUUUGUGACCAUUAGUUGUUUUUGAUGGGGUUUUUUUACUCAUGAUCAGCAGCCCCACUUCAAGGAGUUAGCACAAAGGCCGCCUAUCACUAAAGGGACAGAAGAACAUUCAAGUCUUUUGUGACUUCCUGGUGAGCUGCCACAUGUGGUCUUAUCUUGUCCUGAUGACAUAAGAGGUAGAGGACGGCAGCACUAACUCAGCUCUUUUCACACAUGUGACGGAGGGCCAAGAAGAUCCAACACAGGCUUUUAUUACUGUAAUAUGGAAGUGUAAAGUCCACAGAUAAAGGACAUGCUGAUAGUAAAGUGAUGAACAGUGGAAACCAGACUGCAGGGGUGCUGAUGGUAAAGAACAAGAUCGUGGAUAAAAAAAAGAUAAUGAUGGUGCAGUGUAGAUAACUUUCAUGCACAUACAGCAAAGAUAUUGCAAGGUUAGGGUGGGAGGUUUUUUUACGUGGGCAGUGCAGUGAGUCCAAGUCAGCAUGAAGGAAAAUCACAUGGAGUAGUCUGAAAGCCUUGAGCUGUCAUUGAGGUCAACAGGUUCUUGCGGGAGAAGCGUUUAAGCUAGCUGAAAGAUCAGAGAGUGAAUGACUCCUGUGCAGUUUUUCUGCUUGUCCAAUGCAUCAAUUAUUUGAGUUUUGUUUGAUUCUGCCACCCUUCUUAUUUUUCUGUUCAUACUAACAACCCCUACAGAUCAAGUCAAUAGGCAUUCCCUGGGCAAUGAUAUUGCAAUAGCUUGCCCAAUCACAUCCUCUUGCAGUAUUUGAUGUGUUUAAGGUCGACGUUAGUGGAGGCCAACCAGCAGCUCCUUGAAGUGUUGCCCAUCAUCUAUGAACUGGUUUCCUCAAGAAAACCUCAGCACCUUGUUACAAAGCGCGUCAUGGUGUUUCACACAGGGAUGCUAUAGACAUACUCUCUUCUGACGACAACAAAGACGUUGAGUGACUGAUACCAUAGAGGUGUUAGUGAGCAAGAUCCAAAACAUAUCAGCACAUCCUGAGCAUGAGUAACAAGGUCUCAUACUGCAGCUCUCUCAGGGCUAUGACUGGGCGUUUUGUGCCUGUCAGUAUGUUCCAUGUAGUAAAAGUAAAUUCAAUUCAUUGCCAAAGUGAAAUAAACAACCACGUUCUUGGUAUUUAUGCUAAAAGAUUUAAACAAUAGCAGAAAACGUUCAGGUAUUUGCACAAUAUAAUGCGACUUAUGUCUUGACUGUGAAGGUAGGAAAUGAAUAUUUGUUUGCCCCUGUCUCUAAUCUAGACUUAGGUUCCUAGUCUGAGUGUUGUUCAUGCACCUAACUCAGCACGUGUUGACCUCACAAGUGGCCAGUAUGUGUUGAUGUAUCAGGAUCCUGUGAAUUAGCAGAACUCCCAUCUUGAAACUUCAACUGAAUGAAAAGACGCCACAGCUCCCCACACAUCAAACCGUUGGCAGGAGCAUGGCUAGUGGAACCUAACUUUAUACUGUCAUAUAAUUUAUACUGCAAACGUUUGUGACAGCAUCAGCAAGAAUGUGAGAUUGAACACAACAUGUGACCUAUGUAUCUGUCCUGUUCUAAUGUAUUCCUAACUCAUUUUUUAGGUAACAGCACCAGCUACAAUCUGUCCCAACCUCUUGAAACCCCGGUAGCAGACGAGUAUAUUGAGUACUAUGAGAGUGAGGGUGGCGUGGUGGGUCUGGGAGAUGGUGUGGAGAUGAGGCCCCUCGUACCCUUGGAUGGGCACAUGAGGAUGAACGGCUGGCUGAUUUGUAAAGAACAGGACGAGAUGCUGAACCUGGCAUUCACUGUGGGCUCCUUCCUGCUCUCAGCCAUCACCCUGCCACUUGGGAUUGUCAUGGACAAAUACGGUCCUCGCAAGCUCCGACUGCUGGGGAGGUAAGCUAAGACAGAUGUGCAGUAAUGAAAAUGAAGUGUUUUAAUCCCAUUGUAUCAGUAAAAUCUUGAUAGUACUUGCACCGCUAUGAAAAGUGUUUGACCUAUCUAUCUCCUUUCAGCACUUGUUUUGGAUUCUCCUGUCUACUCAUCGCUUAUGGUGCCUACAAACCCAAUGGUAAGUCCAUCUAAACAGUGUUCAUUCUUACACUUGAUUUAAAUAUACAUUACAGUGUUGAGUCUAAUGCAACUUUGGUUUCUGCAGAACUCUCUGUCCUUAUUUUCAUCGCCCUGACUUUCAACGGCUUUGGAGGCAUGUGCAUGACAUUCACCUCUCUCACGGUAAGUAUUUGGUUUAUGAUCAUGACACACCUGAUACUUGCAUGAUGUCCUGCCUGAUACUUGGCUUCCAUUAUCAAGGGUCUGUGUCACGGUUUCUACCCUGCUUAGACAGUUUGUUGGCUUCCUUUUUGUUGUUUUUGAGUUGUGCUUCUUACUCUGCACUCUCUACUCUUAUGGACAUCUGAGCACAGGUUUCGAAUGCUGGGAAAAGACCAGAGUUAAAAGGGAGUAACAGUUUGUUAUUUCACGCAGAAAUACCCCUCUAAUGUGCCUGCCCUAAAUGUGCUUGUCACUUAAAUUAAUAUUUGAUAUCUUAACAAACUAGGAAAUUAGAGAGCUUGCAGGCUAAUGAGAGGAGCUGCAUCUCUAACUGAGUGUUGCAGAAACCAUCUCCUAUUUGUUUCAGGAGUAUUUCCCUUUGAGCUGCGAGAUUAGCUUUUUGUGUUUUAACACAAAAUAAAGAAAUACUUCAAAGUUAAGAUGGAGAGUUUAAAAAACAAGUCAAUCAUUAAAUCUUGCAGCAGACCCAAUAAAGAUGACCUUGGGAUUUCAUGUACCUUUCUAUAAUUUGCCUAUGGUACUCACUAUGCUAUAUUUAGUUUUGAGCCUUGAGCAGGUAUGAGCAGAAUGCAACAGAGGUCCAAUUUCCCCAGAAGAACUCGGAUUAUUGGACUUCCCCUUAGAGACAGCACAGAACUAGAGAGAAAAACAACUGAUGCUCUGUUAAGAUUCCCAGUACACCCCUCACUAUUUUUCUGCAUUCUUUCUCUGCUGUUCUUCAUCCUCCUCUUCUCAUUACUCCAGCCUGCAGUCCUGGGUUGUGCCAUGGUGAUGCUGUUCACUAAAGAGGGGCUCUACGACAGUAAAUCACCCAAUUAAGCACCCCCUUCUAUACUGCCACAGACUUUUAUUGUGAAGUGUGAUAUUUCCCACGUGGUAUUUAUUGCAUACCUCUGUAUACUACCUUUUACUCCAUGUCCCUCACAGCCUAACAUAGUACUCUACAAAACCUCAGUGUUGGGUUAAUCAUUAGACUCUGUGCACCCACUUUAGUCCUUUAAUUAUGAUUCCUCCUCAGACCUAAAGGCAUUUAUUUUCAGCAUGGGCCUGUUGAGUAAUAUCUCAGCAGCCACCACUGGCUUUGUGCCAGAGUUAGCUGUCAGGUCACCCUUUCUCCUUCAGGUUUGCCCAGCAGCUACAAAUUUACCUUUUUUGUUCCAGGAUAUCUUAAAGAGGUCUUCCAAGAACUCCUGGUGAUGUUAGUGGGAAUUAGUCUACUGUAACUUUGCGCUUCAGUGCGCACACUCUCUCUUGAAUUAGCAGCAAAACACACAAGAACACAUAGCAUACCUCUUCCUCAGAUUUCCCAGUCUUACGUAAUUAAACUGCUUGUUGUUGUUCAGCCUCUUGAAAGCAGAACAGCUUGCGAACGCCUUUGUGUUCAGAUGUUUUGCCACCCACUGUCUCCUUUUUUCUGUCUUUCCCCCAAACUCUAUGUUCUCCUUCCCAAAACAGGAGUGAGGACAGAGAAAAGAAAACUUACCCUUACCUCAGUCACCCCGUAACAACUCCAGCUGCAGCAAAUUUGUCAGUGUUGCGUUUGUGCGUGUCUUUUCCUAGUGAUCCCUAUCCCCUUGUUGUCUUUUAUCUUUGCUUAUGUUCUCCCUGGAGAGCAGAUAUCUGCUUGCUAAUUGGUUCGUACAGUCCGCUAUAACCUUAAUGUCAUGGGCAACAUCCUCAGUGCCCUCAAUAUGUCUCAGGCUUCACGCCGAGAGCAGCUGAGAUCACCGGGAACUUUAGCAGCAAAUGCUCUAACCUUUGUGCUCAGAAACACUAUAGGAUACAGGAACUCCAAGUCUGUGCACAUGCCUAGAACUGGUGUGAAAUGAGGUGACUGUCUCUUGCACUUAAAGCCACUUCUGUUUUUUUCUCUCCCUCUCUAGCUUCCUAACAUGUUUGGGGACCUUCGCUCCACUUUCAUCGCCCUGAUGAUCGGUUCAUAUGCCUCCUCUGCAGUCACCUUCCCUGGUGUGAAGGUAAGAGACACUGACAAACAAAUCCAUUGACUCUCUGAGUAACAAGCACAUCCUAAACCACUGAGAUGUUGAAUCGAACAUAUUCCAAAAGUAAUACUACUCUGUCAUUCAACUGCUCUACUUAAAUUUUCUGACAAAUGUUUAGAUUUUACAUUAAACUCCAUUGUCCUUGAAUACACCAGAGAUGAAUGUUGCCAAUCGCUUGCUUCUCUAGUUAUACCAACUUUAGUAACGACUGCACAAUAGCAGUACAUAGUGGUCUGAGGAGCCACACACAAACCUCAAACAAAACGCCACUCUAUAAUCACAAAUAAUGCUCAGAACAGCACCUAACUUCAUCAACAGGAGAUAUAGGGUCCUAACCACAGUACUGGCCAUCAAACAUUUUUUUAGCUUUGCCCUAAUUUCUUUAGCUAAGAGACUAAACACAACUCACCUACUCUCUUUCAGCAGCCGCUUGUUUGUAGGGAGACCUCAGGCCAGUCCAUUAUGGACUACAGUGGGGUGACGCAGCUCAAGGAAGAACAUUUAUGAUCAUUACUUUAUCAUUUCCUUUAAGUAAUAAUCAUCAUAUUAAUCAUUUUGCACUGCAGACGUGGUAGUUAUUCUGACUUAGCGUCUCAGUCUGAUUGCAUUUGGACAGUGAGGUCAGACUUGCCCGAGGUCUAGCAACAAACAAGCGGCUGCUGGAGGAGAGUAGGUGAGUUGUGUAUAGUCUCUUUGCUAAAGAAAUCAGGCAAAACUAAAAAGAUGUUUAGUGGCUAGUGCUGUGGCUGGGACCCUAUAUGUACUGUUGAUGAAGUUAGGUGCUGUUCUGAGCAUUAUUUGUGGCUAUAGAGUGGCGUUAUGGUUCAGGUUUGUUUGGCUCUUCAGUCAGCUGUGUAUUGCUAUCCUGCGGUCGUUACUAAAGUUGGUAUAACUAAAGAAGCAAGUGGUCAGCAACAUUCAUCUCUCGAGAGGGUGUCUAACUUGGUGUUACAGUGUGUUUGACCUUAAUAAUUUUAUGCUGGAAUAUCCCUUUAUGUGCUUUAUUUGUCUGUUAAGGAUUUUGUUCCCAUUGGUUAUGUUUUGUUGGCAACAGGUGAUCUAUGAUUUUGGCGCUCCUUUCAUCACCAUCCUGGUGGUGUGGGCAGCCUGUGCUGGAAUUGUUUUCCUGAACUGCUACUUCAACUGGCCACUGGAACCAUUCCCAGGACCCGAGGACAUGGACUACACGUGAGUCAUACAGAUCCACACGCUGAUGCAUGGAUAAUAGGAGAAAUCCCACAUGCUCAAUCCUUUGCUGCGUGGGAGGAAUGUAUUAUGAGCAAUCUCUUGGGUGUCCAAGUAUAUGGUUCAGUUAUCAUCACCUCUAACACUUAUGUAAUAUGUGCAAGAAUGUGCACAGUAAUGCAGCCAGGUUAAAGUCUAUCUGCUGAGUUUUGCACUUGUAAAGGAAAGUCAUCCCACGGUCAUCCCUUCAUAAUUAACAAUGCACUUUUGAACUGCUUGUUCAGUAAUAUGUUAGCGACGUGAGCAACUCUACUGAAAUUAAAAUGUGUCAUCUAUGCAGUCAUGUCCAGUUUUAUGAUAUUUAAUUUUAAUGAAUUUAUAAACCUCUCCUCCUCCUCCUCUUCUCUCUCAGCGUGAAGAUUAAGUUCAGUUGGCUUGGCUUUGACCAUAAAAUCACAGGAAAGCAGUUCUACCAACAAGUGACCACCGUGGGCCGCCGUCUCAGCGUGGGCAACAGCCUGAAGCAGAAGGAACUGGCGACCAAGGAGGGACACAAGCUCUGCCUGUCCACCAUGGAUCUGGAGAUGGAGUGCAAGCCGCAAAACGAGAGUAAGAGAGCAAAAUUCAAAAGCUUUGGUGCACAUUUAAUGUGAAGACACCGUGAUUGUAAAGCACAUUAUUUAUCCAAUGCUUUGUUUCUUUCUGCUGCAGCCCCAUCAUUCUUGAAAACUAUCACCACCCCAGUCUUCCUGCUCAGUCUGCUCACCAUGUCCAUCACUCAGCUUCGUCUCCUGUUCUACAUGGGCGCCAUGAACAGCGUCAUUGAGUCCCUCAGUGAUGGAGACUUCAAUACUGGUCAGUCUUAAUGCAACUUUGGGGCUCUUUUGCAUAUUAAAUGUAUAUAAAAAGAAAUGGAAAAAAAAGUUUUUCCAACAUAAAGUUGCUUCUUGGCAUGUCAGACUGCUUAUUUACUUUGUGUCAUGGCUCAAAAGCAGCUGAUUUAUUUGGCUAUAAUUCAAUUUUCAGUGGAGAAAAUGGAAGUUGGUAAGACAAAGUUCAUAUACUUACAGCAGUAGUAGUACACUUUCAAGCUCACACAAUUAGGAAAUUAACCUUUAGUUAUGUGUAGCUUUGUUCCACAUCUGCUUCUCUUUGGAUUUUGUUUUUGCUAGCGUUGUUAUUUCAUUAUUUGACCUUGACUGUAGCCAGUAACUACCAGGUACCAUUCACUGUACUCAUUAACUAACUUUGCCCUCAGCACUUGCUUGUACUUGAACUCGGUUCACAUGAUUCCCUUUUCAUUUAUGAUUACUCCCCCGGUCAUACAGUCUCUCAUUAUAUCGUCUUUUGAGCACAUAAUCUUUUUCAUUUGGGUCAAUAUGGCUACACCUCAAAGAACUAAUGAUUAACUAUAUUGUUGUAGUCAUUAACCAGGUAGAAAAGAGUCCUGAACCUCUUAUUUCAUCACCUUUUAUCUUUCCUUUAGUCCAAACCUUUCAACGUGCCGUAUUCUUCUCAAUAUAUAUGCAUCAUCGCCCUUUCUCACAAUCGCUUUUUGUCUGCAUCAUGAUCCCUUUCACAGUGAGUCUGUACUCCUCCAUCUUUGGCGUGCUGCAGCUGCUCUGCCUGAUGACCACGCCUGUGAUUGGUCAGAUCAUGGACUGGAAGCUGAAGGACUGCGAUGAUGGCGAGGAGGAGAAGGAGCCCUGCAACAAGUGAGUCAAGUUGAAGUUGUCUGGUUUAGACUAUUCAGAGGAAAACCAAGAAAAAGUUCUGAAGGACACUUUUCUGAAACUUCUUGUACUGUUUUGACCAUCAGGGGUGAGCCAAAGAAAAAGGGCAGGGACAAAAAGAUGCAGAAGGUGACCAAUGCCCUGAGAGCCUUCCUCCUCACAAACAUCCUUCUGGUUGGUUUUGGAAUCACCAGUCUGAUACCAAAUCUCCCUCUGCAGGUGAGUUGUCCACUUCUGCUCUUAGAUAAAUAACAGCCUUUAGGAGUGCGUAAGGAAUACAGCUAAACUGGUAGUUCAGUCUCUGUCUUUUACUCUAAAUGGGUUAUAUUGUUCAUUUUUGUGAGUAGAUGUGAAACAGCUAAAUGGCCAAAUAUCUAAAAAAUUAACAAUCUUUGUACAGAUGUAUAACUUUGUGGGAACAUGUUCUGUGUUUAUUCCAUUUAUGAAGCAGGGAAGUAGCUAGGCUAACUUAUAUUUUCCUGCUACACUUGGUUAAGACUGGAAACACUGAAACAUAUAAGAUAUUACAGCUUAAUUUAUGGUGGAAGUAAGAUUUUGCUUCAUCUGAAUAGCUGUUUCCACAUGUUUAUGCUAAAUAGCUAGCAAGCAAAACCCUGGAUACAGGUUAAUUGAAUUGGUUCAAAUUAGAGGCAAGUAGAUAAAGCCAUGCUAGCUAACUGUAGGGGUAUGAGGUAAGUAAGAGACAUUAAUGUUAGCAACAAUGCAAAAAGGUCCCAUAAAUGUAAAGCCUUCUCUUCAAGUCCCUUAAGACUAACUAAAAAUGUCAAUGCAGAUUAACGUCAACUUUUUGUUUUCAUCUUUUCACAGAUUGUGUCUUUUGUUUUACACACUGUGGUGAGAGGAUUCAUCCACUCUGCUGUCGGCGGCCUCUAUGCUGCUGUGUGAGUCUCACUUUACUUCAGCUACACACUCUGCUCAUUAUCACCAUCAUCCUCAUCUUCUAUGUGAAACUAAAACUUCCUCUCUGUCCCUCCAGGUAUCCAUCGUCUCAGUUCGGCAGCCUCACAGGCAUGCAGUCUCUGGUUAGUGCUGUGUUUGCUCUCCUGCAGCAGCCUCUGUUUCUGGCUAUGAUGGGACCCCUGCAGGGAGACCCUCUCUGGGUGUGUAGACAGUCAUAUAUGCAUGUAUUAAAACACUCACUCAUUCAUUGAUAAAAACCUUCAGGCUCAUCUAAUUCUAUUGUUUAUCCCCUCUUAGGUCAAUGUUGGACUCACUGCUCUAAGCAUGUUUGGCUUCCUGCUGCCUCUCUACUUAAUCUGGUACAGACGGACGCUCACCAAGGAGCUGCAAGCGAAAGAGGACAAUGCAAAGAUCUACAUCAAAAUCAAUGGCUCUGAUAUCCCUGAGGCCUACGUCUAGAGGAAUCUGAGUAUGACGACAGAUUUAACUGGCAAGUAAUCAGUAAAAUCUUCAUACCGACGGGCUACUGGAUUUAGUUAUUUUGAAAUUCACUUCUAAACAUGCUGACAAAGGUCUUUCUUGGGACUAUCACAUGAAUUUGUCAAAAUCCCACCAAGAUGAACUGCACGUCCAUGGAGGAGGAAACGAAAAUGUGGAAGAAAAAAAGGAGAACGAAAAAGAGGAAAGACUGAAAGGAAGGAGGCUUUAGUCCUCUGUAUUCCCCCAAAUCCUCAAACUUCUCUUUUUAUUCCCUGAGCACAUAAGUGCAGCUGCCUCUUACACUAGACUGCUUGAAUCUACCCAAAAUACGCAGAAAAGGAAAAGAAGACCACAGUUAAUGUUCACCACAUCACAUUCAACCUCACAUUAAUCAGAGUGGUUUUAUUAUAUGCUUUUUGUUUUCUUCUUUACGUGUUGACUUUAAAUCAUCCUGAGUGUAAACCUCAACAUGGUGCUACCUAUCAAUUCACCGGCUGUUUAUUUUUACAGGUGGCCUUAGGUAAGUGUGGACUAAAUGGCAUUAAUGAGCGACAAGGAGGAGAAAAGAGCCUUAUUGCUCAUGUUUCUCGGCAUGAUAAAUGUUUAGAUUUUCUUCCUUUUUCUACAAGGCUUAAUUUUUAUAUAGUGCAGUUUAUGAUGGAUGUGUUUUCUGUCUAAGGGAUAUCAAACAAACUGCUGUUAGCAAUGUGUUCUUGUGUGUUUAGAGUAUUUAUUUUAUUCCUUCUUUCUUUUUAUACUUUAAGUUUACCAUGGGUGCCUUUUGAAUAUAACUCGAUAGAAAGGAAAAUACUUUUUCAUUUCUGUUCAUAAUUUUUUUCUCAUCUGCGUCCUUUUUUUAAAACUGUGAUUUCAUUAUGACACCUUGGCUUUAGAAGUUUUUAUUCAGUCUUUCUACCGUCUAUUUCAGCACUUUCAUUCCUGUUAACUUCUCUACAUUUCACACAUCACCCAUCAGCUUCCUUCAGCACUUCUCUCCUGAUUCUUCAUGUUGGGAAGUAGUCCCACCUCAUGUUUUUUUUUUUUUUUUUUACUUUACACUCACUUUGAUAAAUUUCAUCAUGUAUUUUAAACUUCCCUGUGCUGACAGCUAUGAGUGUCAGAUGGUGUUGGCAGAGACGCCUUUGAUGCAUUAAUAAAGAGGUUAAAGAGAUGUGUUUUUUGAGGCGUUCCUGUUAGAAUAUGGAAGAUUUUUGAGGGCUAAUAAAGAUGAGUUGAUCUCUUGA